UUAUGCCCAUCACUGUCCUCCGUAUCAAUAAGAGUAUUUAUUAUUACUCUCUUGGUAUCUUAUUCUUCAAUUUUAGUAGUAUUAGUUAUUGUUUCAGUUGCUUCAAUUAUCAUAUUAUUUGUUUUUGCUACUAUUUUCUUUUUUCAGCAUGACUUCUUACUGUAUUUGCUUUGUAUGCAUGUUUAUUUUCGUAUGCUUACUUGAGCCGAGGGUCUAUCUAAAAAACUCUCUCUGCCUUCACUAGAUACGAGUAAGGCCGUGUACACACCACUCUCACCGAACCCCAUUUGUGAGAUUACACUGAUAUGUUAUUACUGUCCUCCAUAAUUUUCAGUGCACUGUUAUAGUACUGUACUCACUGCUCUUUUAUUACUACAAACAAAUUUGAAGUAUGUAUACAUAUAUAUAGUCUACUCUGUAUUCAAGUUUUUGCCGGAGCUUUAAAACGUGCCGUUUUCCAGUAAGCAUGGGGCUGAAAUCGUUUGUUGAAGUUCAAUUGGAUUCCCAGUUUCCUCUCGAGAACCUGCCCUAUGGCGUUUUCAGGCCUUCACCGGGUUGUGAAGCUAGAACUGGUGUUGCCAUUGGUGAUUACGUUUUGGACCUCUCUGUUAUUGCUUCUGCCGGUCUUUUUGAUGGUCCUCUUCUAAAAAAUUCCACUUGUUUCAAUCAGCCUAAUCUUAACAAGUUCCUGGAACUGGGACGACCUGCAUGGAAGGAAGCUCGUGCUACAUUACAAAAACUCCUGUCUGAUACUGAACCAACAUUGCGAGACGAUGCAAGUCUGAGGCAAAAUGCUCUUCACCUUAUGGACAAGGUGGAAAUGCUUCUUCCUGUCGCAGUAGGAGACUACACAGACUUCUAUUCAAACAUAAAUCACGCCACGAAUUGUGGGCUCAUGUUCCGUGGCUCUGAGAACCCAAUUAAGCCAAACUGGUUUUGUCUUCCUAUCGCGUACCACGGACGUGCCUCAUCUAUUGUUGUAUCAGGCACUAACAUUGUAAGACCAAGAGGACAGGAUCGUCCAAAAGGGAAUUCACCGCCAUAUUUUGGACCAUCUCGUAAGAUGGACUUUGAGUUAGAAAUGGCUGCUGUAGUUGGACCUGGAAAUGAACUCGGAAAGCCUGUAGAUGUUAAUGAAGCUGCAGAUCACAUAUUUGGCCUCGUCUUGAUGAAUGACUGGAGUGCUAGAGAUAUCCAGGGUUGGGAAUGUGUGCCUCUUGGUCCCUUUCUUGGGAAGAGUUUUGGCACAACUAUAUCGCCUUGGAUUGUGACCUUAGAUGCUCUGGAGCCUUUUGUAUGUGACGCUCCAAAGCAGAAUCCUCCUCCAUUACCAUAUCUUGCGGAGAAGGAAUCCAGAAAUUACGACAUAGAGUUAGAGAUUUUCAUUAAGCCUGCUGGACAGGAACAAUCCUAUGCUGUCACAAAAAGCAACUUCAAGCAUUUAUAUUGGACAAUUUCACAGCAACUUGCUCACCAUACUGUCAAUGGUUGCAACCUAAGGCCUGGUGAUCUUCUUGGAUCCGGAACUAUGAGUGGACCUGAACCAGGAACUUAUGGAAGUCUUCUUGAACUAACGUGGAACGGAACAAAGCCACUGUCUUUAGGUGGCGUAACUCGUACAUUCAUAGAAGAUGGAGAUGAAAUUAUCUUCACCGGGUGUUGCAAGGGAAAUGACUAUACAGUUGGUUUUGGAAAAUGCUCUGGUAAAAUUCUUCCAUCACCAACCUGAGACCAUGAAUUUGUUACUCCAAUGUAGUCCCCUCCUAAAUCAUCGAAAUAAAUGAGAAUACGAGCAAACGCGUGCAUAAAAUUGUUCUACUUGUAACUUGUAAGGCAAACAAUGCAGUAUCACGAAUUCGAGCAAUAAAAAUUAUUCGAUUAUGGAAA